CUGAUGUGCUCUAUAUAUAACUUCUUGGGCCUGGCCAUUGUAUUGGUUCAGAGGAGACACACGCUUUUCACCUUGUGAUUUAAAGGAACUGGAGAGGUUGAAGCUGCUUUUUAAGAUUUUCCUACUAUUUUCAAAAUGAACAAACAAAGGAUUGUAAGACCAGAAGAAAGCCAGCCAGCCCAUGCACUGUGGUUCGACAGAAAGAAAUAUGUUACAAUCAACUUUGUUGUUCAAAAACCUAAAGAUGUCCAAGUAGACAUCCAGCCAGAGAAAAUGAUUUUAUGCUGCAAAAAUGACACAGAUGAUGUAAUCUACAAUGAGCUGCACUUUUACGACAAAGUCCAAAUCAAUGACUCCAGAGAGACAGUGCGUGAACGGACCAUAAAUGUCUUGCUAAGAAAGAUGAAACCUGAUGUUGCAUGGCCUCGUCUCCAGAAGGACCCAGCAAAGGCCAGCUGGAUUAAUGUAGACUUUGACAAUUGGAGAGACUGGGAGCAUGAGGAAGAUGAGGGAAAGGCAGAGUAUGACCAGUAUAUAGAUAUGAUUCAAGAAAUGGCCAGCGGAAACAAAGGAGCAGCACCAGAUAUGGGAGACCUCAGUGAUUCAGACUAAAACGGAUGGCUCUACAUUUGUUGGAGACAUUUUUUUGUACAGUCCUGGAUUUUUAUACACUAUGCUAAUUCUUGUGAAAAUUAUUGAUUUUUUAACAAAUACAUUUUCUAUGUCUUUUGUUUUAAAUUAUGUUGAAUUAUGAUUUACUGUUGGAAUUGUCAGCGUUGUUUAGAAAAUAUUAACUUUUCAAAGAUUAGUAAAAUUUAUUUGUAUGAUAAAAACAGGGAGGAGAUGAAAUGGAGAAACAAGUUAGCCCCUUUGUUAAGUCCAGCUGGUAGCAGCAUUAUUUGAAGACAAAAUAAAAAAAUUAGUUUUUAAACUAUAUAAGAAAUCAAUAAAAAAAAAUAAUAGCACUGGUUUUAUCAAGUUUAACAUUGAUAAAAAGAAGCAACAUGCAUCACUUUAGAUUUGGAAAAAAGCAUAAAAUUAAAAAUAAACUACUCAAGUCAAAAAUUGUUUGCUCUUAAAUGUUAACAUUUCAUGUAAUGUUGAAAAAAUAUUUAUUUUGUUAUUUCAAGCAUUUUCCAGUUGUUACCUUGUGAUAUGAACAAAAAAGCUUCUUCUGUAUUUAGGCAACAGGGCUUACAGAUCUCAGGUAACCACAGUAUUCUACUAGAACAAUAAUGACUUUAAACACAUCAGUGUGUUUUCCUGGCUCCUCAUGUCUGUUUUCCUUAUUGUUCUCUCCUAGAUUCUGUUUUUUUUUCUGUAAAGCUCAGGUUGGCAAACAUGUUGAAUGUGGGAAUUCUUCUAAGGGAAUACGACUUAAUAACACAAGUAAAGAGAAAUAUACUGUUCAUGUUUUAACUUCUAAAACAUGCACAAUGUGAAUAAAAAUUGAUAAAUUCA